AUGAUAGUUGGGAAGGAAUCGACUGGUAAAACAUGCCUCUUGAAAAGAUUAUUGAAGGAAGACAUAUCUAAUGUUACCAGUACAGAUGGUGUUGAUACUGUUGUUCGUAGAUGCAAAAUCAACAUAGCAGAUGGAUCAUGGAUAAUCGGAAAAGAUAUUGAUGAUGAUAAGGUUGACCGGAUAAAAAGAGCACUCAGUCCAUUGGUAAUGCAAGACGAUUCCACCACCCAGUCAAAGGUAAAUCUUUAUAAAAAUAAUGAUAAGAAAAUAUUGGUAUUACCUGAGGAUUUACUUUCGAAUGUGUUUUCUACGCCAACAGUGAAUACUACUUCAAACCAGUAUGCAUUAUGUGAAUUAUGGGACUUUGCAGGACAAAAGGAAUUUUAUGCUACACAUCAAGCAUUUUUGACAAGCAGUGCAGUAUACCUUGUAGUUGCAAAUAUGGAAGACGACAUACGUAAACAAGGAUUAGGGCAGUGUUUUGCUGAUUAUCAGAACAUUGGAGAGUAUGUUGAUUUUUGGUUUGAUUCUAUCCAUUGUCAUCGAACGACCGACAAGCGAGCUAGGAAUAUGCACUUAGAUCCUCCAAUUAUAUUAGUUUUCACUGGAAAAGAUAAAUAUGACAAAGAGGCAGAUUUAAAGAAGAGAAAAAAGGAACUUAAUGAUCAACUAGACCAAGUUCUUGGAUUACAAAGCAAAUAUCAUCACUUGCACAAAAAAUGGUAUCUGUCAAAUUUGACAGAUACUGACGAAGAAUUUGUAAAGUUGCAACAUGCAAUAUCCGAGACUGCAAGGAAAAUGGAUAAUUGGGGUAAUGCUUUUCCCUUAAAAUGGAUUCUAUUAGAACAUUUGAUAGAAAUCAAUAAAAACGAUGGUAAAAAUAUUAUUAAUUUAAAUGACAUGUCCAAACUUGCUAAACAUCACGAUAUUAAUAUACUGGAAAAAGAUGAACUGCUGUUGUUUCUUCGAUUUCAGCAUAACGUAGGGAACAUUAUUUUCUUUGAAAAUAUACCGGAUUUGAUAAUUUUAAAACCUCAGUGGCUAGCAGAUGCAUUCCGAUGUUUAGUCUCAGACAGAAUUGAUGACAGCAGCUUGCAUUACCUUGAAGACUGGACACUGUUUACACGACAAGGCAAAAUCAGUGAAUCGUUAAUAACAAAACUUUUCGAAACAAAAGAUGGAAGUCAGUUUUUAGGACAAAAAAACAAUUUACAUAAAGUUAUGGAAAAACUUGACAUAUUAGUCAAAAUUGAGAACUCAAAUUAUUAUAUAAUGCCCAGCCAAAUGCCGUCUUCCACGUUUGAAGACAUAUGUAGAGAAUUUGGCAUUCUAACACCAAAAUGUGAAAGGACUUCCUGGCUUUGUUUCAAAUUUAUAUUUCUUCCACCUUCAUUCUUUAACCAUAUCUCUGCCUGGUUUAUCAAAGAGUACAUUCCUAGCAACGUGGCUAGUGAUAGUACAUCAGUCGCUUUAUACCGUGGUAUUUGUGUUUUUGACAUUGAUAGAUCUGGUGUUACAAAGAUACUAGUUACCAUGUCGACUGAUACAAUUGCUCUCCAGGUUUUGUCGUUUUCCGAAAAGACUCAAACAUUUGGAUAA